UCUUAUCUGAAUACAAUGGCCAAAAAUACAUCGCUUUAUUUUCGAAUUGUCGAGGGCAGGAGCCUCCCAGCGAAAGACGUCUCCGGGACCAGUGAUCCAUACUGCAUUGUAAAAAUUGAUAAUGAAGUUGUGGCCAGAACUGCUACGGUAUGGAAGAACCUUAAUCCGUUCUGGGGCGAGGAGUACACCCUUCACCUCCCUAUGGGAUUCCACUCACUCUCCUUUUAUGUCAUGGAUGAGGACACGAUUGGACAUGAUGACAUCAUAGGAAAGAUAUCUUUAAGCAAAGAAGCCAUUGGAUCUCAAGCAAAAGGGCUGGAUAGCUGGCUUAAUCUGACGAGGGUGAACCCAGAUGAGGAGGUCCAGGGGGAGAUCCACUUGGGUCUGGAGCUGCUGAAGGAUGUAGAGAGGAGCAGUCUGCGAUGUCAGGCCAUAGAAGCCAGAGAUUUGGCUCCAAGAGACAUUUCUGGGACCUCCGACCCAUUUGCCAGAAUAAUUUUCAACAACCACAGUGCAGAGACCUCGAUUAUUAAGAAGACACGUUUCCCUCACUGGGGAGAGAUGCUGGACCUGGAGCUAGGCUCACAGGAGCUGACCGAGGAAGGAACGGUCACUGUGGAGGUCUGGGACUGGGAUAUGGUGGGAAAAAAUGACUUCCUGGGAAAGGUGGAAAUUCCUUUUGCCUGUUUGCACAAGACACCUCUGUUGCAGGGUUGGUUUCGUUUGCUACCCUUAGGAAACAAUGAAGAGGAUGCUGGUGGCAAACUUGGAGCACUGCGUCUGAAAGUGCGUUUGGUGGAGGAUUGCAUCUUGCCCUCAAUGUACUAUCAGCCUCUCAUUGACCUGCUGGUGGAGUCGGUCAUCUCCCCUGCAGAGGUAGAGGACAGCAGCCCUUUGACCAUGCUGGAAGAGGUAACUACUGUUGAGAGCCGCCAGGAUGUGGCCAUGACGUUGGUGAAGAUCUACCUGGGACAGGGCCUGGUCGUACCCUUCCUUGACUACCUUAAUACCCGUGAAGUUAACCACACCUCUGACCCAAACACUCUAUUCCGGUCCAACUCCCUUGCCUCAAAAGCCAUGGAGCAGUUCAUGAAGGCUGUUGGCAUGCUUUAUCUGCAUGAGGUGCUGAAGCCGAUCAUCAACCGCAUCUUUGAGGAGAAGAAGUACAUUGAAUUGGACCCAUGUAAGAUCGACCUGAAUCGUUCUCGGCGUAUCUCUUUCAAAGGUGCAGUUUCAGAGGCUGAAGUACGGGACAGCAGUGUGGAGAUGCUGCAGGGAUACCUGUCCAGUAUCAUUGAGUCUAUAGUGGGCUCAGUCGACCAGUGUCCUCCUGUCAUGAGACUGGCCUUCAAGCAGCUGCACAAAAGAGUGGAGGAACAAUUUGCUGAACCUGAAUAUGAGGAUGUGAAGUAUCUGGCCAUCAGUGGAUUCUUUUUUCUGCGUUUCUUUGCUCCUGCAAUUCUGACACCUAAACUGUUCAACCUGAGGGACCAGCAUGCAGAUACACGCACCAGCAGAACAUUGUUACUUCUGGCCAAGGCAUUGCAGAGUGUGGGGAACCUGGGCCUGCAGCUGGGCCAUGGAAAGGAGCAGUGGAUGACACCGCUCCACCCCAUCAUCCUUUGCAGUGUGAUGUCUGUCAAAGACUUCCUGGACAAAUUGAUUGACAUAGAUCAUGACACCGUGUCAGAGGCGCCCCAGAGGGUCAUAUUUUUGCCAAAAGUCACACUGAAGGAGGGUUACCUCCAAAAGCACAAGGCAGAGGGUUCCCAACUCCUGACCCGCUUUGCCUUCAAGAAACGUUACUUCUGGCUGACCAGCGAGACCCUGUCCUAUGCCAAGACCGCUGACUGGCAGGUGCGCUCCUCAAUCCCUAUUCAGUGUGUGUGCGCGGUGGAGAGGGUGGAUGAGAAUGCCUUUCAGCAGCAGAAUGUAAUGCAGGUCAUCACGCAGGACAAUGAUGGCCAGCUGCACACCACGUACAUCCAAUGCAAGAAUGUGAAUGAACUGAACCAGUGGCUGUCGGCCAUCAGGAAAGCCAGUAUCUACAAUGAGCGUAUGCUGCCCUCUUUCCACCCCGGGGCUCAUCGCAGUGGCAAGUGGACCUGCUGCCUGCAAUCUGACCGCAAUAUUUCAGGCUGCAGUAAAACCCACUCGGCUGUAACUCUGGGGGACUGGAGUGACCCAUUGGAUCCUGAUGUAGAGACUCAAACCAUAUACAAACAACUCCUCCAGGGCAGGGACAAACUCAGGAAAAAAUACCUUGAGACACCAGAGAAUGAGAUGACUGUUGGAGAGGAAAAGAAAAUCAGCCCUGCCGUUCAUCCAGAUGGUGCACAGUGCAGUGUGCAGCUGCUGAAGCCCAGUCAGGCGGUUGCUGCACGGCUGAUAGGUGUGAUCAGGGACCUGGAGAAGGCUCAUGCCACCUUUCAACCCAGGGAAGAAGAGGAAGCCUCUGGUCUCAUUCUGACCCCCAAGGUGUAG